AUGGGAGGAGAGGUGGAGGGUCACUCGCCCCCUCCAGGUCCACCGCCACUUCUGACGGAACAAGAGGCGAGCUUCCUGUCUCGACAGGGUUGGAUGCCAUGUAUACUCCCCGAGCCACUGCGAUCGGAACUCGACUGCAUAUCGACCGAGGCGGCAACGUUCUUCAGACAGGAUCACGCUACGAAGAGUGCUAUCUACCCGCCGAGAAACGGAACAGAAUGUGGCUACUACGUCGUGCCGGACGAAAAGGAGUACAUCACCUUCAGACAUCGACAACAUGACGAUUCAGCGCUGGAAUCGCACGUCCGGGCAGCGUGGAAGUUGGCUGCGAACCUCCUCCGCCGUGUCUUGUAUGACCUCAGUACAUUCCAUGGAUUCGACCCCACCGUUUGGGAAGGCAUGAUACAGGGUUGCCUCGAGCUGCCCUCCAACGACGCCAAUCUCGACACCGACAUUUCACUCAUGAGAGUCUUCCAAUAUCACCCGAAUGGCCUAGCGGAACAACAUACCGAUGUCGGCCUCGUUACUCUCUGUGUUGGAGGCGACGAUGGCCUUCAGAUGGUAGAUCAUACCAAAACGCCAAAAGUAUGGACUUCUGCGCGAUGGCCCGUCAUCUUGAUAGGUGAGGUGGCGAGCGCCUUGAUGCGUGGCAAAGCUCAAGCGGGGGUGCAUCGUGUGGUCAAGAAUGCUGCCGGUCGGGGGAGUGUGGUCUUCACUUUACGACCCUGUUUGAAAGGAACCAUUGAUUUGAAACGCUUUGGUGGAGAGGGUUUGGUUAAUGUCAGGGAUUUAUUCUACAAGAUCAAAGCCGAAAAGCACAACAUCAAUGCCACGCAGGAUCUGAGAGAGCAGCAACGCCAGGAGUUGCACCGGAAGAGACUAGGUGCGGAAGUUGCAAGGUCUCCUGAGCCGAGAUGA